AAGGGCAUGUGCCGUGUACGCUCGCAACUGUAGAGGUCCCCCUUUUUCAGCGGGCUGCGCGCACAGCUAUUGCACCCGCUUUUUAUCCUGUGUAAAGAGGAGAGAGUGAGGGGCAUAUGUACGGAUCCUGCACGACCGCAGACAUGUAUCCUCCGUGAAGUGUAGCGCAAGGCAACUCUAAGAUACCGGGUGUUCUGCGAGAAACAAUGAACAUGUGCGGCUCUAUUUCUGAAUGAGCACAAGGACAUGUGUGAUAUGCGUUGUAGCCUACCUAUAGACCAACAUCAUUCGCACUAUUCCAAUUUCAUUCAGAUUUGAGGGCACAGGUAUAUGACUUAAACUCAUUUUAGGGAAGAAAGAAGACGUGGUGUUCUGCUGUUUUUUGUGGAAUUUUCGCUCCAGCUGAGAGUCGUGAUGUCUGGCUCAUUUCACACAUUGUUCCUGGUUCUGCUGGGUGUGUUGACGGCAUGCGCCCAGACGGAGAUGAAGAGGGUUGUCGGUGACAAUGCGACACUGCCCUGUCACCACCAGUUCUGGGCAGGUGACGCCCCCACACUGGACAUCGAGUGGCUCCUACUCAAGCCCAGCUCCAAGCAGAGAGUGGUGAUCACCUACUUCGCGGGCCGGGUGUACGACCCCAACGAGGCGGAGGCGGGCCGGCUGUCCUUAGCCGGGGACUACCUCAAGGGGGACGCCUCCCUGCUGAUCAGUGACCUUAGCCUGGGCGACUCGGGCGAGUACAGCUGCAAGGUGAAGAAUGGGGGGAAGUACCAAUGGAGCACGAUCAACCUCAUAGUACAGGUGAAGCCGUCUAAGCCGCGGUGUUGGAUGGAGGGCCGGCUGUUGGAGGGUAGUGAUGUUAAGAUGAGCUGUAAGUCUACAGAUGGCUCUGACCCCAUAAACUACAAAUGGGAGAGACUGCUGGACAAGGGCAAGUAUGUGGGAAAGCUGCCCCCACUGGCCCUCAUAGAUUUGAAAAACUCAGAGAUAGUGACACUGAGGAACCUGACCAAGGAGAGUGCUGGGGUGUAUAAAUGUACAGCCAGCAACGAUGUGGGAGAGGAGAGCUGCACCGUGGAGGUCAAGAUGCACUAUGUGCGGGGCAUGGGUGUGGUGGCGGGCGCCGUGGUGGGCGUGUCCUUCGGUGUCCUCCUCAUCAUUCUCAUUAUUUGGCUGGUGUUCCGCAAGAAGGAGAAGAAGAAAUACGAGGAGGAGGAGACCCCUAACGAGAUCAGGGAGGAUGCGGAGGCUCCCAAAGCCAAACUGGUGAAGCCCAACUCUCUCUCUUCGUCCCGUUCUGGAAGCUCCCGCUCGGGCACCUCCUCCACCCAGUCCAUGGUCCACACCACUGCCCCCCGGGGGCCCCGCGCCCGGCUUCCUGACGUCGCCGCCCUCAAGGAGAACAGCCAGCCCCCCAGCUUCCCCCAACAGCCCCCUGCCUACACACAGGUGGUCCCCAAGACCCCUGAGCCCCGCACAGCCCCGGCCAAGCUCAGCCCUCCCCCAAAGCUAAGCCCCGGGAACCUGGCCCGCAUGGGAGCAACGCCGGUCAUGAUUCCUGCCCAGACCCAGGCCUUUCAGACUGUGUAGGAGGGAGGGAGGGAGAAGUGGAGGGAGUAGACGCAGACAGACACAAGAAGCCCCAGUACACAGCUGAUAGCAACACCCAGCCUGCCCCCAGAAACCCUGUGAAAACCAGCCAUAUCAUCAACUAAAAGUAUAAUUGAGUGCAUUCUACGAAGGGAAGACUUUCGUAAGAGGUUUUGUCUCCUGUACAAACAAUACAGAGCGAAAUCUUUUGUUCGCAUGAUAUCCCAUGACAACAGAACAUUCAUUGUGUUUUUGCCUGAUUUUGCUGACGAGGUCAGUGAUGUGUAUCAUACUCUGACGAGGUCAGUGAUGUGUAUAAUACUCUGACGAGGUCAGUGAUGUGUAUCAUACUCUGACGAGGUCAGUGAUGUGUAUCAUACUCCGACGAGGUCAGUGAUGUGUAUCAUACUCUGAGGUGGAAGAAGAGGAGCAAAGGGAGGACCCUGGUAGAGUUGAGGUAUUUUUAAACCAAACCGACAGAGCCAUGAAAGCGGAAUGGGGUAUGGACAAAGGAAGGGAGGGAGUGAGAGCAAACAGGACUGGAAAAGAGCAAACAAAGGAGAUACACAGGCUGCAUAGCUCAGCAGAGAUCAGGCGAGGGUGUCUGGCUGUUUUACGACGCCUGAUACCUGCUACCAACCAGGACAAACCAGACAAGACAAAGAGAGAAAAAAAACAAAAAGACAGGAAAAGUAAACCUCUCUCUGGACUUGCCUGAGCACCACACCUACCACACUCACACACUCUGCCACACCGAGCCAAUCAAUAUCUCCCAGGCUUCUUUGCUGGCAUCACAGACCUCCAUGUAAUCUCCUCCGGGAUAUCCGCCAAGGCCAGCAGGCAUGGUGAUUGGUUUAGUAAGGAAGGGGGUGCACCGAUCGAUUGACACACCAAUGAGAGUGGAGGAAAGUUGGAUGCUGAUACAAGAGGGAUGUUUGCCUGUGAUUGUACAAAGAUGAUAUAGCUUAAGUAAGAGACUCCACCUAGACACGUCACCUGUCAUCCUGUACACCUGCACAUGGGUCACUCGCAGCAACACGAAAGAUAUCAAUAUUGAUUUCCCAUCUUUCCUGUGCGUCCAGCACUAUACACUCAACAAGUCUGGACUUAUGUAACGUUAUCUUCCAAUGUUCAUGGACAGCGUCAAUUAAGGCCAUAGGAAUAUGUGACUGUGGUCAUCAUAGGGGAUUAUUAAUGGCUGAAAUAUGUAUUGCUUAAUAUGUAUUGUCUAAUAUUCUACGUUUCUUUUUUUCUAUUUCAUUUAUUUCAGAUUCCUUCAGAAUGUUUAAAGAUUGUUAUUAAAGGGGUGAACUUAAGCCCUAUCGAUAAAGUGCCACAGUUGAUGUUUGUUGAAGAUGGUUAAUGGCAUUUCUGUUUUAAUUUGUGUUGUGUUAAUGACAUUUCCAUUAAUCCAAAAUGAAUGAACUAACAUAUGAAUGUGUUCUAUGCCGUGCAGUAUAUAAAGGGCUGGAGUCAAUUUGUAUCGCCAACUAACGUGCAAGAUCCGCGUUAUAGCUCCAUUUAAAUUUAAAGGCAAUGGUCCCGCGUUCGCGGAGACCGCAUUCAGUCGGCUGAAUAGAAAAUGACCUUUACAUUUGAAAUACUUCCGCGAUAUAGAUUGAUUCCAGCCCAAAAUCAUUGGAUGAAUCCUUGUUUUUUAAUGAGCAGAGAUUUGCAGCAAUACAUUUAAUCCCCUGCAGUUGAACUGUGUCUGAAAAAAUACAAAAUAUAUUCUGUAUAAUGAGAAAACGAGCAAAGGGCCAUACACAUCAUAAUAUGAUAUCACAUGCGUUGGCUCAGCACCCUCUUGUGAUUAUAGAAGAACAGUAAUGAUAAUCCUAAAGAGGGCCUUGGCCUUGUGGUGUAUUCAUUUUAAUUGAAUACACCACAAAAAAGUAUUAUUCACAAAACAUUAAACACCGAUUUACAGUUUUAAAUGGUUAACUCUACAGUACACCUGAGAUUGAUUCCAUUUCAAGCAGAAUGAAAAGGACAAUAGCUUUGAGUGAAGUCUCUUCAUGGUGGCCAAACAGAAUUUAAACAACACUCAACCUCAGUAAAAUAUCCUGGCUGAAAGUGUUGAAUUAUGCCCUACCAUUCUCUGAUUUAAAUGUCAACUUUUGCCUGAGCUUUCAUCUGAUCCAAAUGCGUGACUUCUGCCUAGCGAUAGUCUUCUCUGCCUCUACGCAGCAGCACAUUGGUCCUUCAGUGUUAUGACUGCUUCCUCCAAAGAGACACCCCUGUUAUUCUGGCUCAAUCGCAAUGCAAUGGAUGAGAUGUCAGGAGCUAUUUGGAGUGACUGAUGCUGUGGCGCCCUCCAGGAGAACCCAGCAAACUCAUCUUAGAUCACCCAGGAGGGAGGGCUCUUCUCGUCCAGCGGUGCAGAGCAUAAGAGCACACUCGUACUCUGGCCUCCGAAAUGGUUCAAACGAGGACGGGUGACUCGAGAGUCUAUACUUCUUGAAAAAGGUUCAAAAUUUACCUGGCUUUUCGUUCAUGCCUGGUUGAAAUCACCCAGAUUAGUUUGUAUCAAUAAUUGUAUUUUGUAAAGUCGGCCUAUUUUUGAUGAGAUUAUUUCAUGAUCGUGGGCAGUUCAAAGAGUGAAAAGAAAAUAGCAAUUUUGUCUCUGUGACUCGAGUACUUCCAGCUUGCCCACUGCUGGUUGAAAAGCACCUUUAAACCAGGAGACGGAUGAGUGGCGAGAUGAAAGGACGACACCUGAGGGAGAGCUCCUGAUUACCCACCACAACCCCCUUUGAAUUUCCCAUUAUACCUUUAAAAGCCAAUACAGGGAGGCCGAUGAUUGAAUGUGGCUCUUACGGCCGUUUGAUGGGGUAGGAUACGCACCGGUAUUGAUUUUUUUGUUAUCUGAGUGGCUCUGUGAAUUCCCCUGGCAGAGGGCUCUGUGUCCUGAAUCAUUAGGGUUUCCACCCUUUUUCGUUUGAAUGUCUUGCUUGGCAGACAGGAGGAAUGGGAAUGCUCCAAACCAUGCUGGGGAUAGGAACAACGUGAACCACAGGCGUUACAUUGCCCUUUCACCAUGUAUCGACUCCAAAAGGCCAUUACCAUAGGUUAACUAGUACAAAACCUGCAUCUUGAUGUCAUUUAUUAGUCUGUCUACUAAAUACCUCCACUAUGGUUUGAGUGAUGGGACCUUUGAUAUCAUGCAUACAGUGUAAUGUUCAAGAGCGAAAGAAUCCACCCAAAGCUGAAAAAUGAUGGAUAUGCAUGUCACAGAUACUUAACUAGAGAAAGAACAAAACUGUAUUUUUGCCUCAAUGCUUAUAUAAAUAUAUAAAUGAUCAUCUUGUACAAAAAAAUUUUACAGUUAAAACAAAUGCUAUGACUGUAAAAAAGGAAAGUUAUGUUCAUUUUGAGUUUACUCCUUUGGGUUAAGAAUUCAGUCAUAAGUACUUUGCACUUUCUUAAACUGUGCUCUCUGUGUCCCGCUUGCGUUAAGCCCUUUUCACCAACAGCAUUAGGGGGGAAAUGUUCUCUCUCACUCUAUUGUCUUUGAUUGACAAUGUCAUGCAGUUACUUUGAGUUGUUGUAAACCAAAAAGGAAAUGUACAUACCUCCUUCUCGAGUGAAAAAUGUAUAUUUGUACAAUAUCUGAAUAAUUACUGUUUUGGUUUGUAAUAAAGCAUUUGAUGAA